AUGGAAUGUAACCAGAACUGUUCACUCAGUGACCAAUGUGUCCUGUCUGGAUUAGCAUGUGGAUGUGACAGACAGCUAGGAUAUUGUACUAGUUGUCCUAAAACACUAUGGGGAAACUAUUGUGACAAGUCUUGUUCGAUAAGAUGCAUUAACUUUGAAUGUGACAGAAUCUCUAGUCAAUGUACGUCAGGUUGUACAAAGGGAUAUUACGGAAGUGACUGUAGUUCAACGUGUUCAACUUCUUGCCUAUAUGGAUGUGAUCAGCAAACAGCUAGUUGUUUUCCAUCUUAUUGCGUGAAUUGUAAUGGUGGACUACAAACAUGCGAUCAAAGCAAUCGGAAAUGUUUAAAUGGGUGUAUAGAUGGAUUUUAUGGUCCGAGUUGUGACAAAACUUGUUCGGUAGUGACAAAUAAUACUUUAUGUACGAAAUGUCAACCAUUGAUAUCAGUUGGUAUAACAGUCUGUACCGAAUGCCAACCGAAAUAUUAUUAUGAUGGAGUCAAUGGUUACUGCAAACCAUGUAGUAGAGGUUGUAAAACAAAUAACACCAACAUAGCAAAGUGCUUUCCUAACACUGGAAAUUGUCGGUUUGGUUGUUCUGCUGGAUGGAGUGGAUUGCGUUGCGAUACUUUUACCUGCUCAUUGCCAAAUUGCGAAACUUGUGUUGCAAAUCAACCGAGCGUUUGUGAGUGCUGUCAAACUGGUUGGUAUCUAGACUCCGGUCAAUGUAUUAGAUGUAGCGAUAAUUGUGCAACUUUAAAUUCUUGCGAUAAAACAUCAGGAACAUGUACGGAUGGAUGUAAAACGGGUUGGUAUGGUAACACAUGUAAAGGUAAUUGUACCGCUAACUGUAACCAAGGUGAGUGUGAUAGCAAUGGCAUAUGUAGUAGUGGCUGUAAAAGCAAACGUUACGGCCAGCAGUGUGACUUACAAUGUCUUAAUUGCCUAACUACAUGUAAUCGUAAUACUGGCUUGUGUGACACCGGUUGUGUAGAUGGAUACCAUGGUAACGAUUGCUUACAACCCUGUAACUCCAACUGCUUAAAUAAAAAAUGUAGUCAAGUAGAUAGCAAGUGCACAUCUGGGUGCAAACAAGGGUUCUAUGGGGAAUUUUGUCAACUCCCUUGUGGGUCGAACUGUGACAGUAAUACUUGUAACCCAACUACUGGCGCAUGUUCGGGAAAUUGCCUCUCUGGCAAAUAUGGAGAUUACUGUGAUUUAGAUUGUUCAGCGAACUGCUCACCCAGAACCUGCCUGAAAGUCAGCGGGGCAUGUACGUUAGAAUGUGUUGCCGGAUAUCAUGGUAGUCAUUGCAGUAGGUCAUGUCCGUCGUCAUGUUUAACAAAUCAGUGUAAUAAGGACGAUGGAACGUGCAGUGGAAAUUGUCCAAACAUGAAAUUCGGUACUAGAUGCGAGCUAUCGUGCAGCAGUAACUGUAAAGGUACAACAUGUGAUCGAUUAUCCGGUAGAUGUAUUGGAGGAUGCAAAGCUGGUUACUUUGGUGAUUCGUGUGAGACAAUUUGUACCGGAUGUGAUAAUUCAGGAUGUGAUCAAACGACUGCUAUAUGUAUAGGUAAGUGUAUAGAUGGUUUCUAUGGAAACAAUUGUAAUACGACUUGUAGCAUGGGUUGCUUAAGUAGUUCUUGUGAUAAGCAAACGGGGAAAUGCAGUAGUUGUAAAGAGGGUUAUUAUGGGGAUACUUGUUCAAACAUUUGCAGUAAUAACUGCAAGUUAUCUCGAUGCAAUCAGACAACCGGAUUAUGUUCUGAUGGAUGUGCACCUGGAAAAUUUGGACAGCUUUGUGUUAAUUCCUGUUCUUCCUGUACCUUAUGCAACCAAACAACUUGA